GGGAAACAGAAGAAUUGAACCAAAAAGACGCCAACUGUGAAUCCAAAGUGAAAGACACUCGUUUGAAACGUUUAAGGAGAAAUAGAAGAAAGCAUUUUGUUGCUUCUACAAUAAAUCCAAAUAAAAUUAUUGACUAUUCAACACCUCCUUCAAUACCAAAUAUAUUGGUUCCACCACCGCAAAUACCAAAGAAAAUUGAAUCAGAAUGUGGUAGUUACUUACAAACAAAUGUGAUUCCAACAGCCGGUGUUCACACACCAGCUGCAACUUUUUAUCCUUUUCCGCCACCAACUAUGUUGCCAACAACUUCACCUCAGUAUUAUAAUGCACCCGUUCAAAUUCCGGUACAAACUGGAACUAACGCGCCAGUUCCAACUUACAACUAUACUUAUGCUCCUCCUCCGCUACCACAUCCUCAAGCAGCACCUUUUGUACCACAAUAUAAUUAUAGCGGUUACAAUUAUCAUUCAUAUAGUGGGUACAGUUCUUACUAUGGUUGUGAAACCACCGAAGCUUACCAUACUUCAACAGAACCACAGAAAUGGCAACCUCGUACCCAUCACGAAUAUUAUGAAAGUAACUCAUACACGGAAUCUGCUAGAAAAGCAAGUACACGAUUUUAUAGUAAUCCUGCAGAGUCAGCAGAAGAUGCAAGACCAUUGCCAGCAAAGAAUUUUACUCGCUCUUAUCGUGAACGUGAUAGAGAGCGUAAAAGUUAUGAGGAACGUCCUCUGCCCAAACCAGAAACAGAGAGGGAUCGUUUACUUAAAAGCUGGCGCUCGAAUUAUUGUGAAACUUCUGAAGAAAUUUCAAAGAAAUUAGCAGAAUUAUCUGAAUUAGAUGAGGAAUCACAUACAUGGAUACGUUCCUCGCCUGCUGAUCUUUACUAUCGUCGUACAAAUAAUGUAAAUGAAGUAUUAUCCACUCCUCGUUUAGAAGCACUGUGUAUGUUAUUUGAUGAACAAUUAAUACAACGUGCAGAACGUGUACGUGAUACAUUACCACCAUACACUCCACCACCACGAAAACCUAGACGGCACAUGUGUAAACAUAAAUCAGAUGCUUGCUCAUCUUCGUCCGAUGAUUCUGAUGAUGACUUCAAGAUCGAACAAGACAAUUGCAUGGAAGAGUUUUCGCGUAAACUACAACAUCCCUACCGCAUACAUUCCGACUUAUGGCAUAACGACACUGGCGAAAUGAAUGAUGGUCCACUUUGUCGUUGUUCGGUUAAAUCCCGGCGUAUUGGUAUACGUCAUGGUAUUUAUCCCGGCGAAAUUGUUUACCCAAAAUGUAAUCCUAAUUCGAACAACGCAACAAAGUUGCAUCAUUAUCGUAUUACAAUUUCGCCACCAACUAAUUUUCUAACUAAAACUCCAACUAUUAUUAAACAUGAUAAACACGAAUUUAUAUUCGAGGGAUUUUCUUUGCUGACACAUACACCACUUGGAGAUUUGCCAACCUGCAAGGUAAUACGAUUUAAUAUAGAAUAUGCUAUAUUGUAUGUCGAGGAAAAAAUGCCGGAAAAUUUUACGAUUAGAGAAGUGGAUUUGUUUACAAAAUAUCUCUUUCACGAGCUAUUGGAAUUGGUCGAUUUUACAUUACUGCCAUUUGACGUUUCAAAUGAAAAUUCUUGUCCUGCAUUCCACUUCUUACCACGUUUUGUGCGUGAUUUGCCUGACAAUGGCAAAGAAGUGCUUGCAAUGUGUGAAGUACUUAAAUAUCUCUUGGACAGUGCUGCACCGUUAGUUGAUGAAGAGCAUUUAAGUUGUCUUGAUGAUAUAAAUCAAUACGACUGGCAAGAUUAUAUAGAUUUUAUAAAAGGUAUGUUAGUUACUAAACCUGGUUACAAACCGUGCUCGUUACGUGUCGAUCAACUUGAUCGUAAUGUAGUUGAUUUGCCCGAAUGCCUCGACAAGGAAAAGGGCGUAACUCAUCCAGCUAUUGUACACUUUGGUAUACGACCGCCACAGUUGAGCUAUGCUGGCAACCCAGAAUAUCAAAAAGCAUGGCGAGAAUAUGUUAAAUAUCGGCAUUUGAUAGCAAAUAUGUCUAAACCUUCUUUCAAAGAUAAACGUAAAUUAGAAGAAAAGGAGGCACGUUUGCAGGAAAUGCGUAUACAAGGGCGCAUGAAGCGUAAUGUUACUGUAGCUGUAAACUCCGCAGGUUAUUAUCGUACUGGUAUAAUGUGUGAUAUCGUACAACAUGCUAUGUUAAUACCAGUGCUAACAGUACAUCUGAGAUUUCACAAAUCUCUUGACUAUUUAGAGGAGACAAUUGACUACAAAUUUAAAAAUAGAUACUUACUCCAACUUGCGUUGACACAUCCUUCUUACAAGGAGAAUUACGGUACAAACCCUGACCAUGCACGAAAUUCACUUACUAACUGCGGCAUUCGGCAACCAGAAUAUGGUGAUCGUAAAAUACAUUUCUUAAACUCGCGUAAACGUGGCAUAAAUACUUUAAUUAAUAUUAUGUCCCGUUUUGGUAAAGAAUACGAAACAGAUUCAAAUAUAGCCCACAAUGAGCGCUUGGAGUUCCUUGGUGACGCUGUGGUAGAAUUUCUUAGUUCAAUUCAUUUAUUCUUUAUGUUUCCUGAAUUAGAGGAAGGUGGUUUGGCAACAUAUCGUGCUGCGAUUGUACAAAAUCAGCAUUUAGCUUUACUUGCAAAAAAAUUUCAUUUGGAGGAGUAUAUGUUAUAUGCUCAUGGUUCAGAUCUGUGUCAUGAGUUGGAGUUAAGACAUGCCAUGGCAAAUUGCUUUGAAGCAUUAAUGGGAGCUUUACUAUUAGACGGUGGUAUACAUGUAGCUGACAAUGUAUUUAUGAAUGCUUUAUUCAUGGAAAACGAUCAACUAAGAGAAGUUUGGAAAAAUUUACCAGAGCAUCCUUUGCAAGAACAGGAACCCUUAGGUGAUCGCUCACGUAUUAGUACUUAUCCGGUGUUGCAAGAACUGACCAAAUUUGAAGCAUCCAUUGGAAUUGAAUUUAAACACAUAAGACUAUUAGCACGCGCUUUUACUGAUCGUUCGAUUGGAUUUACACAUCUUACGCUUGGUUCUAACCAAAGACUGGAAUUUCUAGGUGAUACUGUGUUGCAGCUGAUUUGUUCUGAAUAUCUUUAUCGCCAUUUUCCUGAACAUCACGAAGGUCAUUUAUCACUUUUACGUUCCUCAUUGGUAAACAAUCGUACACAAGCUGUUGUAUGCGAUGAUCUUGGUAUGACAAAAUAUGCUGUUUACUCGAAUCCCAAAGCUGAGCUUAAAACAAAAGAUCGCGCAGAUUUGUUGGAAGCUUUUCUAGGUGCUUUGUACGUCGAUAAAGGUUUAUUGUUCUGCGAACAAUUCUGUCAUGUUUGCUUAUUUCCACGCUUGCAAGUAUUUAUCAUGAAUCAAGAUUGGAAUGAUCCAAAAUCAAAACUACAGCAGUGCUGUUUGACUUUACGCACAAUGGAUGGUGGCGAACCUGAUAUACCAAUUUAUAAAGUCAUUGAAUCAAUUGGACCGACAAACACGCGUAUUUACACAGUUGCUGUGUAUUUUCGUUCAAAACGUUUAGCUACUGCGACUGGUUCGUCUAUACAACAAGCCGAAAUGAAUGCAGCUAAAAGAGCUUUAGAAGUUUCACGUGGGCUGUUCCCACAACUAGAUCAUCAAAAGCGUGUUAUAGCUAAGAGUAUCAAAAAACAAACUGGCGGCGAAAUUGAUUUAGAACUCGAAAACUCUUUCAAAUGUCAGAAAAAAUCAACCCCAAUGCCAUUAAUGGAGGAUGAGUCACAUUUACCAAAACAGUAUCGUGUGCGUGAGGAUAUUUCAAGUGAUGAGUUACCAGAAGAUGACGAAGAAGACAAUGAAACUGAUGAUUCCUCAUCUUCAGCCUCGAAUUCUGAUAACAAUUCUGCUUCUUUUACAUAUUCAAACGUUAGUAAACGUCCAAGAAUUAAUUAUGAAAAGUCAAGUCAUUCAUUUAACAGUCAUUUGACUACGUCUGUUAGUAUGACUUCUGUCAGAGAAUCGACUUAUAUAUAUAAUACGAGCCAAGAUAAAAUCUGUGAAGAUGUUAGUAGCGACGAAUGCUUCGAUGAAGUAUUAAAUAACGAUGCUAAAAAAUCAUGUCCGUUUAGCCAAGAAAUAACUAAGGCUAACCAAGAAAUAACGAAGCAUAACCAAGAAAUAACCAAGAGUAACCAAGAAAUAAAAAAUAAAAAUGUUUUAUCUUGUGGAGCGCAAGAUAUUUUAACUGAUCUAAAAGAUUUGGUUGAGGAUGUCUCGUCCGAUUCAGAUUUAGAGCCUGGAGAACUAAGUAAUUAAUAAACAUUAAACAUUAAAUUUGUAGCUAUCAUAGUAGCAUUUUUCUUAAUAUUUAAUUUUCAUUUUUUAAUUAAUAUUUGACUUAGAUAUAAAUUUGAGGCUCAGGACUGUCUUCCUUUCUGUGUAUUUUUUUUUUAAACUAACUUCACUUCAAGCAUUGACUGUUGUAAUCUUUUUUAUUUUUAAAAAU